AAAUUUAAAUUUUUUUUAAUUUACAUUUUUUUAAAUAUUUUAUAAUACAAAUAAAAAAAAACAAAUACGAAAAAAUUAACUGCAAAAAAAUGAAAUAAAAUUCCAAAAUAAGCAAUCACAUCAAAAUUGUAUCAGAGCCACUUUAAACAAGCUAAAGUCAAAAACAUCAUCAAUUUCAGGCACUCAAGAUACACACAUACAAAUAUAUACAAAUAUGUACAAUAACAACAACCACAGUGAGCUGCUUAAAAAUGUAAAAAUCGCAACAACGCAAAAAAGAAAAAAUUCACCACAAAUGUUUUUGUUAUUUUCUAUAAAUUCAUUUGUGAUCAUUUCAACUUUUUUUUUCAACUCAACGGCGGAGCGAGAGCAGCGCGUCGUGAAAACCUGUUUGCAACUCGAUCAGCUGUUUCUGUUUUUGUUUUGAUUCACAGUCUACGUAUGUACGUUGGAAUUCGCACAGCAUCACAAGUUGCAGCAGCAAGUUGAGAUACAAAUACACAAGCAAACAUAUAAGCACACAUAUACACACAUAUAUACACAUACCAGUAUAGCGACUCACAUUUAUAGCGCCUAAAUGCCAAUUUUAUCGCGUAUUGCUGCUACUGCUGUUGUUGCUUCAUCCACCACGUUGCAGUUGAUUUGCUCUCCUACUUCCUAAUCAAAGUGCAUUUUGCAACAAACAACAACAGAAAAAAAGCAAAAACAAUAAUAAAAAUGAAAAAAAAAUAAUAGUGGACAAGUUGGAAAAACAAUUUGUAACUCUAGCCGCUUGCAGUUGGGGAGCCGUUGCGUUGUGUUAAUUUCACUGCGGCAAACAAUCGGCGGCAAUUAUAAUGCCCCGGCUCCAGUUUCACUCAGUACUAGUUAGAUGAUAUAGAGACAGCUCUGUAUGCAAUGAAAUCAAUCAUCUGGCGGCAAAUUAGUACGUUUAUGUUUGAGCUAUGGCGAAUGACAUGCGAUCUCAUUGACACGAAGUGGCUUUGUGGCGUACGAGUGUCGUGUGGUGGUCGAUUACGAGCGUCUAAUUUGAAUUUUUUUGUUAUGUAAUUUUUUGUUGUGAUUCUAUAACUGUUUACUGAUUCUAUAACUACACUGAUAGUAGAUCCCUUGGUAGAACAUUCAUUCGAAACCUCAUUGGCAACUCUUCGAAACAUUCUCAACAAACUCCGAAGUUUCUUAUCAUUUUAAUACUAAAAUAGAUCUGUUAUAGAACCAGUAACCGAAUGCUUUAAUUUAAAUGGCUUAACGAAUGCAAUGCGAUCGUAAUAAUCUAGCUAAAACAACCCAUCUCUUCGGAGCAUCAUCAAAAAUUCGACGAUGUUAGUCGCCAAUAUUUUAAAUGAAGAAGCCUGAACUAUUUUGAUUUGAAAUCAUGUGGAGAGAUAUAUUAUUUUUAGUCUAUUUAACUUCGUUCAAUUCAAGAAUCGAAAUUCCUUAAUAACUGUCUUAGAUUCUAAAUUUCUUUACUAAAAAUAUUUUUUUCGUUGCUCUUUUCUUUAUAAAAAUGUAUAUCUGAAAGCAACAACAAUGUUAUUCUGUAGUAUUUCGUAGAAGAGUGUCGAUAGAUAUCCCAAUGAAGUACCGUUUGCCACUCUUAUCACUCUUUUAUUAUACCAGUUUAUGCGAGCUAUACCAAUUGGAUAUUCGAUUCACCACUCUUCUGUGGUUAGCGAGUCUGCAUUUUAUGCCAGUUUAUAUGUUUUAUACCAGUUGGUUGUUCGAUUCGAUACUCUCCAAGUUUUGGCGAUUCGAUCUUAACACUACUGUAUUAUGCCAGUUCACGUAAUUUAUACCAGUUCUUUUUACGAUUCGAUACUCUCCAAGACUUGGUGAGUCGAUUCUAUCGAUUUUGCAUUAUGCCAGUUAAUGCAAUUUAUACCAUUCAAUACACUUCCAAGUUUCGCGAGUCGAAGACUUUUAUAAAGAAAUUUAUAAAUACAGUUGAACUUCACUGACUCGAAUAACCAUAAUCCACAAAAAAACUUCGGGUUAGAGAAACUUAGGAGGUACGGAAGGUAAUUUGUUUGAAAUUUGACUUCUAUUGCCAAUUCAAGAGCCUUACGGUCUUUCAGUGGACUCAAAAUGGUUGUAAGGAAAAAGUAUUUGAUACUAGUUCCAGUAGAUGAAUCCCUUUCUCUACGGAGAACUGGUUGUGUUCUCAAACCACCACACAAUAUGAGCUUUGAUGCUCUCAAUGCUAUCGAGGAGAGAAGAUAAAUAGUAAAUGAGUAUUUGUAUUAUCUUCUUUGAAGUACUUUCUUAGCCUUUAAUAAAGGCGAAACUAUGCAUAACAAUAUAACCACUGUGCGAUUCAUAUAUGAAACUCAUCAAUCAAUUCGCAUUUCUAAACAGAUCGCUGUCUUCACUCACUAAGCUAAAUAUUGCAAAACUGGAAGUCAAACGCCCAUUUUCCACUGCAUAGUACUGCUAUUGUAAAUGCAAGUGAGUAUUGCUCUGUAUACUAUACAACAGAAACCUCUGUGGAAUGUGUGUACGAUUGCAUGAGCUGUCAAGUGGCACAGCGUCUACCAACAACUACACACUCGAGACAAUACACAUUUUUCCAAUUGAUUGCGGACAAAUUUCAAAUUUUCUAAUGAAAACUGAAUGAAAAAGUGUUUUUCAUUAAAAAUCUAAUUAAAACAAACCAUAUGCCUUGUAUGCGGCCAUGAGGUAUACGAGUACAUGCGAUUAAAAUCGCAUUCCAAAUGCCGGUCAUAAACGAAAUCAAUGAGCCCUGCAAAAUGUGUAAUAUGAGUUUGGCAGUGGCUUCAGCAACAGCACUCGCACUCGACAGCGCGCGGAGAUAUGGAGGGGCGGGUGAAGUGCUGCGCGCUACAUAGUUCCAUACUGAUUGUGCCUUUGGCAACGCGCGCAUGGAACUGGCGUACGCUCGCUCAUUGAGUUUGCUGACGUAGUUGCGCCGCUUGAAUCUGGCGUCGUCUUUGCCACUUGGCCCCACAAAGCGGACGCGCACACAUUUCGAUAAUUGAAAAUAAUAAUUAAAAUUCUGAUUGAGCAGCACUUGUGACUAUGUCGUUGCCAGUUCAGCAUCCCGGUACAUAUGGAUACAUAUAUGUGUAUAUAUGUUUGGGUAGAUUCAUAGUCGGGUGAUGUUAAACGCUUCGCGCAUGCGUCUGCAAUGGACUAAUUUGUUUGAUUUGCUCGAGCUGGUGGUGGUUUCAAUUGUAUCGCCAUAAACGCUGUGAGAAAUCGAUAGGAAAAUAUUUUAAAAAAAAAUAGCCAAGAAUGAUAAUUUCAGCAAGAUUAUAUAUUAUUCACUACUUUAUUUCCUUAAUCCAACAUUUUUUUUUCAUCCAGGAACCUAUUGGCGAAAACAUUAAUCGAUUUCGCUCUACUGCGCUCGUUCGUUUCGUCACUCUCUUAGUGGUCCUAUAUCGUAAAGCGUUCGUUUAGUGGAAUUUCUCUCUGCUCGCUUUUCCCUGAGCCUGAUUUCUCUGAAAAUUUGAAGAAAGAAAUAUUAAAAAUAUAUUUUUCCAAUUUCAGAUCCAUUUCACUUUGGAAAUAUUUCCUACAGGUCCUACGCAUGACUUACCCAUACCAUUUCUAGCUUCUCCAUCUCCGAAAAAAACUUCGUAAAUCAAAAUUAACGCUAUUGUGACUUACCGCCGAUGCGCUCUGAAUAUUUUUAAGCUUUUAUCGGCGCUCUAUUAAUCAGUACUGUAUUUUUUAAUUGAUUUUACGGUUUGACAUAUCAACAUUGGGGUGUGGCAAUACUCGUUGUUCUCUAGAAUUUGUUGCAUUUGCAUUGUCAACCCCUUUUUUUGACAUUUUAUGGGCAUCGUCAUAUCGUUUUUGGAUAUCAUUUGUUGUAAGUCGUGUUUUGCAUUUCAAUUAAAAUAAAUAAUUGUGGGCGUAAAUGAAUUUUUGAAUUUCAGAUUCAGCCUUAUCUUUAUGUGAUGCGAUGAUGGAUGUAUAUAUUGUAUAUGGCUUAAGUCAUAAAGUUUCCAUAUUGAUAUUCAGUCUCAAUGAUUCGUGGUUCAACUCGAGAUUAAUUUCAAAAGUGAGCAGCAUUAGAUACAUAACAAUAAGCUAAUUAGGUUGAACAGCUGAGUGAAUCUUUCUGAUUUAGAAGCUAAAAACUUGAUUUUUCAAGCUUGACUCUGCUAUAUUGCCUCCUCAGCUAUCUUCACUAGUAUCACUGAUAGUUUUCAGUGAAAAGUUGCAUAAGAAUUUCUCAAAUUCUUGUGUGCUUAUAAUAUGUUCUUUUCAGUUUGAAGUCAUUCAAUCUUCACAAGCCAGUAUUUAAAGUAUAAAUUGAAGAAUUAUAUAAAUUGUUAUUGUCUACUUAUAUACAGCUCAAAUUUUGUGUUUACUGUAUAUACAUACAUAUAUACAUAAACUGCAUAUAUAUUCAUUUGUAUAUACAAAUAUAGAUAGAAUUCUACACUUAUUUAAACAAGUGUUUUCAUUUAUAACUGUGAGGUACUGUUGACAGGCAUAGCAACUUGACCGCGCAGUAUACUCUAUAAAUAUAAGUAUCUCAAAAUUCCCAAAAGGGAAAAAAGCAAUGUUUGCCUUAGUUGGUCAAAUUAAAAACUGACAUAGAAAAUAAACUGUUGUAAAAAUAAACUGGUAUAAAAUAAACUGGUAUAAAAAUGAACUGGUAUAAAAAUGAACUGGUAUAAACACAAACUGAUAUAAAAAUAAACUGGUAUAAAAAUUAGCUUGUAUAAAAACUGGUAUAAAAUAAACUGGAAUAAAGUCAAAUAAACUGGUAUAAAAAUUAAUUGGUAUAAAAACUGGUAUAAAAAUAAAUUGGUAUAACAAUGAGAUGGCAUAAUUAAACAGAUAAUUUUUUCGAUACGCACUAAAGUUAUGAAUCGAACAAACUGGCAUAAAUUACAAAAAACUGGUAUAAUCAUAUAAAAAACAUUUGCAAAAAGACAUAAAUGACUAAACCGAUAUAUUAUUAUAUUGUAUAAGAGUUGAACUCUCACUGAAAAAUUUUGUUAAGAAACGAUCACUUGUGAACGGCUUACUAUGUUCGCUUUCCAGCAGUGUAGCUGUUACUAUAAAAACAAAAAAAUAUUUAUACCAAUGUCUAAAUAAAGGAAAUUUCCUAGCAACAGCGUUGAAAUAAAUAAUUAUUCACAUUUUCCGGAAUGUAAAUUGUCAAUAUUUUUGUUCUACAAAAAUAUUUCUCAUUUCAAUUUUUGUAAUUAUUAUUUCUGAGAAAUUACGAACAAUACUUCGAACUAAUACUUUCUACAUUUGCUCAAUAUGCAUUAAAAAAAAAUUUAGUUAUUACUUACAUGCCAAACAGAUGAGUAUAGUUUGUAACUCAUAUUGGAAAACGUGUGCAAUUUUCCUUUUAGUUAAGCAAUUGCCAAAGAAAACACGCGCCCAUCUAUCUUCUAUUAAUACAUUCAAGAACUCGCGCACACACAUGAGUACACACUCAUUCGUAUUCAACAGCGAGUGUAUAAUCUUACAAGCACCUUGAGUAAAAAACUGACACUUAAACGAAACUAAAAAUUAAAAUUACUGAAAUACGAUAAACUGUAUGCAACAACAAUAACAACUGUAUGUACAUUUAUAUGAAGCAAUAACAAAAACUAUAAAAAUAAAUACAGAGUUUGUCGAGUAAGCAUUUACAGCCGAAAUGAAGGCACUUUGCGAGACAUUAUGGAAAUUUGUGCUACAUAUUUCACUGCUUCUUUUUUUCAUUUACUUAAAAAUUCGUGAAAUUUGCUUGAGUUUGGGUUAAAAUUUUGUAGUUUGUUCGCAGUAAUCCAGUUCAUGGCUGAAAUCUAAAUUUUUAAUUUUUUUGACCUAUUUAGUUCACAUUUGGUAUUAUUUUGUAUUGAAAUGAUAUUUUUAGUGCUUUUAGAAGUUUCAUAUAAUGAAUUUAAUUGUAUAAAUAAAUCAUUAACAAAAAACCAAGAAUUUCUUGAUUUUGACUCUUGACCUUUGACCUUUUUAUAAUUUAACACAUUAUGAAUGCCUUCAAUUUAGAAGCUCUUCGAUGCUAAGGUCUAUUUAAAAUAAUUCCUCCUUUUAAUAUUUUGCAAUGAGUAUAUUAGAAUGGUUCUUGUCAAUAUUUGAAUAUAAUCAAAAUAGUUUUGAGGUUAUAGACACUUCAAAACAAUCCGAGUAACCAGAUUAAUUGACUCAGUCUUACUCCGCAAGGGUUAGACAACGACCUAAUGUUUGAUAUGAUAUGGUAGUACAUGAGCUAUAUUAAUUUGGAACUUUAAAAUAAAAGAAAAAACAUAAGAAUCCAGUGUGAGAAUCCCACUUAAUAUUAGAAAAAGGUUAACCACCCUCACCAAUGCUAGAAAUAUGAAAUUUUGUAUAGUAUAGGGCAUAUUAGGCCUCUCGAUACUGAUACAUAUAUUGGUGUGGUUUCUUGAUAUCGUUCUUAUUGGUAUAGAAAAUCUUAUAUGCUAUUCUUAAGAUAAUGCCUUCGAAUACUUAUAGAUCCCAAAUUGCUAUAGUUGGGAAAUAACCUUUCAUACAUAUUUUCUAUUUGAAAUCACUAUGGGUAGUUCAAGCUUUAUAAAUACAGUUGAACAUCCAUAACUCGAAAUUCUCCAUAACUCGAACUCUUGAAUUGGCAUUAGAAGUCAAAUUUUCUACAAAUUACCUUCUAUAACUCGGAAGUCUCUCUCACUCGAAGUUUUUUUUUGGAUUAUGGUGAUUCGCGUUAGGGAAGUUCUACUCCCUAAGGUUGGUGUUAGAUUUGAAUAAACUUUUCAACAGUAAGUUAAACCGGUUCAUGGACCCGUCUAACUGCAUGUAACGAAUAUUCGGUUAAUUUCAAAAUAUAUCUUUGGGUUAAUGCAUGACUCUACUUUUUCUUAGUAGCUAAAUGACUUAAGUGUUUGGACAAAUAAAAAUAGUUUUGAAGUCAGAAUUGGAUUGAAGUGUUUAUUUUUGAAACUGCUGUUCAGCUGUAUAGAUUUUCUUUUUAUAAAUUUACCUUUAGGGACUUAUAACUCGCAUAAAUUUAAAAAAAUCUUGAAAUAUCUAUAUAAAAAUGUAUUGAAAUUUUAUAGAAAAAGUUAAGAUAGAGUUUUUCCGUUCCAAAUUCACCUACACGAUGCACAGUUAUACCGUAUAGGACUUUUUUUGAGAAUUAUUUUCAAAAUUAGUGGUCUACAACUUUGCUUCCGCCGUUUUCCAAUAGAUGUCCAAUAGGGUCAAACACUGGUCGAUUAAAUCAUUUUAUAUCGAUAUUGGACAUUUGUGUCAACAUAAACCCAAAAAAAUAUUUGUAGAGAUCUAUUUGCAUCCCAAACUUAUUCUCAAUCGAAAAUGACACUUUUUGAGCCGAAUUCUUGACAUUUUUGGGAAAUUUCUGAGGCUCAUCGAAUGCUUUCGGAUUUUAAAUAAUAGCACGAAGCUUCAGAGAAUCAUACCACUGAUGAGUUCUGUAAACUUUCAAAGACCUUAACUGCGAGGUAAAUAGCGCAUCGUGGUGAAUAAUAUUCUUAAAAAAUAUUCUAAAAAAAAUAUUCAAAAUCAUUGACCUUUCUGAGACAUGAGACAUACUACUUGUAUAAGAACACUCUUAGAUAGGUCACUGAUAGCUAAAGCACUCAACCGCAAUUCUUCUACAAAUUCUCAAGCUCACUUUGCUAGAAUGCCGCUAUUUCCAUAAGUGUUUCAAAAAACCCAAACGUACUUUUAUUACCAAUUUGUUUAUUGUUCUUGUUGUAGCGCUGACAAUUCAUAAAUUUAUUAUUUUCUUAUCCAAUGCAAGCUGCUUAAAACACACAAAAAAAGAACAAUAAAAAAGCCACAAUCUACCGGCACACAUGCACUUAACCAUGCACGCAUGUAUGAAAUUGCUGUGGAAAUGAGAAAAAAAAUUGGAAAAAAGUGAACAAUUUGGCAGCAAGCGAGCGAACGAUACGUUUGGCAAAACAAUACGCGAGUAAUUCGUAUUCGAAUGAUGUACGUAUGGAUGGAUGGAUGGAUGGCUUGCUGGCUGGUUGGAUGAGCGGCGGAUGUUUAUGCUUAAACGCGUUGUAUCGAAGCGCAUACUGGUGUGCAUGUGGCUUUUUUUUUUUGGUUGAGUGUGUCAAUGUAUGUAUGUCUUCAUAUAGAUAUGUUGGUAUAUAGUUGUAUGUGUGUAUGUUAACUUGUAUGUAUAUUGGUUUGCUUGCUUGUGCCUGUAUAUAUGUCUCUGGCUAUGUGGGUUUGGCUAAAAUGGGCUAGGCCUGCAAAACGUCACGUCAGUUUGUCAUUCGUCAGCGUUUAAAGCGAAGCGCUCGACGACAACACCGGCAUUUCACCGCUACCGACACUCUAGUAACAGCAAACGGCAACGAGACAACAACAAACAAACAAAAAAACCGAAAACGCGCACCGGCAACAGCAGCGUUCAUAUACAUAUGUACACUUGUGUAUAUAAAAAUUGGAUUGUAUUGUGUUUGUGAAAAAAAAUAUACCGAGCGAGUACUUAGUACGUGCGGUUAUAUGGUUUUAUAUAGCUAGAUAGAUUUUUACAUAUUUAUAUGUAUGUAUAUUUAUACAACUGUUUGUGCGUUUGUGUGGAACCGAAGCUGUAUUUAUGGCGGAGCUAAAAAAAUUUGUCACAUCCAUUAGAUACAAUAUGAAAUUUUGCGCGUACCGCUCUCGCAAUUGUUGUUGUAGAGUACUGGUGUUGUUGUUGUUGUAAUUUUAAAUUUUCUUGUUUUUGUUGUGCGCUGUGCUUUUGCUGUAUUUUGACGUGUUGUUGUUGUAUUUUAAAGCAUUGUUGUUGUUGUGUAUUACUAUGUGGUUGUUGUUGUUGUAUAUAACUGUGUGGUUGUUGUAGAGUACUAUAUUAUUGCUGUAUUGUACUAUUUUGUUGUGUUAUCCCACUGUAUUAUAAUACAUAGCACAUUACCUGUUGCUCACUACAACACGCUGCUAAUAGGCAACACAAAGCGCUCACCGCUUUUGAGCGCGGUGGCGCGCCAUAAGUUUGUGUGGCAUAUUUUAGUGCGCCACUGAUAAUCGUCGCGCUAUAACACGCCGCCUAGCUGUCAACGGUGAUGCUUUUAAGUUCGUUCGUUCCAAAUAUAUUUUUUGGCAUUUCUACGACAAUUAUUUGAGCAAAAGUAAAUUAGCGCAGCGCUACGUGCAGUGUGAAAAUUAAUAAAAAAGUACAACAACAACAACAACAAGAGUGAGUGAAAUAAAAUAAAUUAAAAGUAAUAAAUAAGUGCGUGCAAAUAAACGGAAAAAAUUUGAUCUAACAGACACAGUGCGGCGAGUAAAUAAAAAAAAAAUUACAACAAAUAUACCAUAUUACAACAACACACACCGAAAUUGCUUCACGCAAUUGCUCGUAAUGAAAAAUCGCAACAGGCUGGAGAGCCCGACGCCAGCAAAUCCGUGUGGCAGCCCCACCACCACUGCCAACAACAACAGCAACAGCAGCAGUCUGCUUCUAGCCAACAGUAACGGUAGUAGUAGUACUAACGCCAGCGCCAGCAUUCCCAGCAACAACGGCAGCAGCAAUGGCUUAGCAAAUGGCGCGAUUAAUAACAGCAUCACCACCGGAAACGGAAGUGGAAAUGUUAACGACGCCAGCAGUGGCACCAACAUCGACGCUGGCAACAUUUGCAGCAGCAACAACAACAACGCCAACAACAUGUUGAGCAGCAUUGGCGGCACUUUGAUUUUAACAACAACAGCAGCAAUGCAACAACAACAACACCACAAAUCAAGCAUGCACCAUUCACCGCCUAACAGUUACAACAACAAUCACCACCACCACAACAACAACAAUACAAUCACCACCACCACCACAAAUGGCCAUCAGUCCUAUCCAUCGAUAUCGUCCACAUAUUGGUUGCCGCCACCAAAUCCGGCGCCAUAUUUAGUUCCAGAGCGUAAACUUUUCGUUGGCAUGCUGAAUAAAAAGUAUAAUGAGGCCGAUGUGAGGCAGCUGUUCACGGGCCAUGGCACCAUCGAGGAGUGUACGGUGUUGCGCGACCAAAAUGGGCAGAGCAAAGGUUGCGCUUUUGUGACGUUUGCAACGAAGCACAAUGCCAUUGGAGCGAUUAAGGCACUGCAUCAAAGCCGCACCAUGGAGGGCUGUUCGGCGCCGCUCGUUGUCAAAUUCGCCGACACACAAAAGGAGAAGGACCAAAAGAAAAUGCAGCAGCUGCAAGCGAGUCUUGUCGGCAUCACCGCACUGACGACCCCCAGCAGCGGCAGCAUUGCCGGACUGGCUGCGACACCCGCCAACGGUUUGAGUCCGGCCUCCGGUGCUACGCUGGUACCCAGUCCCAUUACAGCGGCUAGUGUGCGCUCAAAUUCCUCAAUGUCGGCAGCAUUAGCGGCAGUGGCCGCAGCACCACAACCCACCGCUAUCGCCAGCCCCACCUCUGCGUUGGUACCCACAUCGGCAGCGAUCUCAGUGUCGCCAUCGCUACUAACAGCCGCCGGCCAAGCGCCACAGCAGGCAUCGCCAUACCUGACCACCACGGACGCAAUGAACGCGUCGGCCGCACAGCUCCAUCUAUUCCAGCAAUUGCAGGCCUUCGGUCUACAUCCAGCGCAGUAUUUACAAGGACUAAAUUUCCCACCGGAUCACAGUGUCACAACCGCAUCUCUAUCGGCCGCUGCCGCCGCCGCCGCCGCCAACGCAGCCGUCAACCAUGCCACCGCCAAUGCAGCUGAUGCGUCUGGCCAAUCCGGCAACACUGUUGGCAAUGGACUACUCUCAGCUCGAUCCAUUCCGAUGCAGAACCUGGUAACGCUGGCCGCAUUAGGCGCACACCAAUAUGCACCCAGUCAAACGCUGCAGCAAACGCACCACAGUCAUCUCGUCACCUCAGCACACCAGCAGCAACAACAACAACAGCAACAGUCUCAACAACAACAACAACACCAACAGCAACAACGUCAAAUCCAUGGUUUAACAUAUGCGCCCACACAGGCGUUGAGCACCAGCAAUCAAGCGCAGAUGGCCCAACUACUACAAACGCCCCUAACCAUGAGCGCACAGCUGACGGGAGCCACUGCGGCCAAUCUUUGGCCUGGUGGAGAAAGCCUUUCCUCACCCUAUGCACAGACACUAAGUCCCUUAACUAAUGGUGGCGCCUUUGCAACCACAACUUCACCGCUCACCGCCGCAGCACUACAAGCCGCCGCAGCUGGUGUCGCUGGGAAACAAGUCGAAGGACCGGACGGCAGUAAUCUUUUCAUUUACCAUCUACCUCAGGAAUUCACCGACACUGAUCUCGCAUCCACAUUUCUACCAUUCGGCAGUGUGCUGUCCGCCAAAGUGUUCAUCGACAAACAAACUAAUCUGUCCAAAUGUUUCGGUUUUGUAUCCUACGAUAAUCCGUUGUCGGCGAGCGCCGCCAUACAGGCGAUGCAUGGUUUCCAAAUCGGCACCAAACGUUUGAAGGUACAACUGAAGCGCUCCAAGGAUGCAGCUAAGCCAUAUUGAAGCAGCUAACUAACGUGCAAGGCAGCUGAUAAAUGAGAUGAUGAAGUGGAAGCAGAAAAUGUAGUAAAAUAGAAUAGCCUGCAGCGACAAAUAAACCAAAGGACCCAAAUUUUCAUAGUGAAAAUACAAGUUCAAGUCAAAGUGCUUACAAGCACACAAACAUACAUGCAUAUAUAUAUAUAUUUAAUUGCAUAUACAAAUAUAUAUCUAUAUAUAUAGAAGACCAAAGAAAGAGCUUAAACUAAAAACAAAAAAGAAAAACAAAGAAAGAAAAUAAUUGUUAGGAAAGCAAGAGCUUAAACUAAAAGAAAGAGAAAAAUUUUUAGGGACAGAGCUUUCCUGCAGCAUGAUUACAUUAAAUCAAAUUUGCUGAAUUGAUUAGUUAUAAAUGUUAAAGCAAAAUAAAAGGCAAACUAAAAUGUUGUAAACUGUAGCUAUACAUAAAUAUUUUCAGCAACAAUUGUUAUACUUAGUAUAUAGUAAAAAUUUGAAAAGUCCAUAUUUACAAGAAAAAACAAAAUUGUUUUUGUAAUGAAAGGUACAACAAUUACAGUUCAUUUGAGUACGAUGUGUUAUAUACUACAAAAAUUUAUUAUAUAAAAAUCUAUAAAUCAGAGCUAUCACAUAAAGCGAUCUACAAUUUCACAAUGCCUUGAAGUAAACAUUUCCUAACUGCACCUAAUCUAAGACGUAUAACACAUUUAAAGUAAGGCUUGAAGGAAGUUUAAGCGCCUUCUGUUACCACAGCACACUUUUCUUUAAGUUUUUUCAGUUUUUUAUAGUUGACUGACUUCCAAAAUAUACUAAAGUUAUUAAUCAUUAUCAAAAAUAUAAUAUUAUUUAAUUUAGAAACUUUUCCAUAUAUGAUUUCUCCAACACAAAUCGUCUUUAAACCAGUUUAUGCGAUUUAUACCAGUUCUUUGUUCGAUUCGCCACUCUCUUAAGUUUGACGAAUUGCUGGCAGCUAUAGUGAGAGCUUUUUUUUAGGAUCAGCAGACAUUUUUUAGAAAUAAAAUAAAAAAUUGAGAGUGAUUCACAUCAGCUAAGAAAAGUUAUAUUCAUAGUAGAAUGGUAUACAUGAUUUAUACCACUUUUUAAGAUUUUUAAAUCUAUUAUGGAAUAAAAAGAAUUAGCAAUCCACUAAACUGUAAUUUUAUACCAGUUUGUUGAGCCUAAACUGUCAAAUUUUGAAAGAUUCUUGUCAGUUCCCAUACAGAAUAUUUUUUAACUUUUCAUAACCUCACUUUUAACAAAACUGGUAUAAAUGUAAUUCAUAUUUAUGGCAUAUUAGUAAAAGAAGAAGAAUCAAGAAGCAUUUUCGUUAACUUUAGCAUUCUCAGUUCUCAUACAGAAUAUUUUUUUUACCCAUAACCUCACUUUUAACAAAACUGGUAUAAAUGUAAAUCUUAUUAUUUUGUUAUGGUAUAAAUAGGAAAAGUUAAAAAUAAAUUGAAAAAUUUUAAUAUUAUUUUGGAAGUCAGUUGCACCAAUUAAUUCAACCCUAAAUCAUUAUCUAUAAUAAGUUCCUUAUUACACUUACGGUAGUCUCUUAAUUUACCCUACAUGGCAGCUUGAAGAGUCACCGCUUUGUUAAUAUUUUUAUUAAACUUAAAUAUUUUAUUAAAACCUCGACUUUUAGCAUACCAAACAUUGCAAUUAAACUUCAUAAAAAAGUGAUUAAGUAUAAUGAGAGCAUUUCUCUCUAGUUCGAGACCUUAGUUACCACAAUUAGAUCUUAAAUUUACUAAGCCGUCAUUGCACAUGUACUAUAAUAGAGAAUAUAUAAUCUACAUAAAGAAAAGCAUAAACUAAAGCAUACUGUUGAUCGUAAGCGAGUAGCAAAAGAACAAACAACUCGCUUAAAAUUUCCACAAAAGAAAUUAGUAUUAUUUCAGAAGUCAAACAAGUGCUCUAUUUUUGUUGGUAUUUAAAAAAAUAUUUAAAAAUAUUUACAGUGAU